UCGGUAGGGACGACACUCCUUUGGAUCGGAGAAAAACUGAAACCCAAAAUAGUCCCGAAUCCAGCAGCAGCGAGCAAGCGCCCGGCCAACAGCAUCCAUUCGUUCUCACCUCGCCGCAGCAUCACACGAUGCCGCCGCGCGCGCCGCCUUUCCGUCUCCUCUUCCACCUCCCCCGUCUUCUCCUCCUCUUCGUCCCGGCCCUCGCCGUCGCCGACGUCCCCGACCGCUACGCCGCGCCGCGCGCCGGCGCCGGGCUCAGUAAUGCGCCCGCGCAGGAGUACCUCGACCCAACCUACCCGCUCCCGCGGCCCCCGCCGGCGGCGCCGUCCUGCGUCGUGCCGGUACUCUCCUACUCCUUCGCGGACACAUACGGCGCCCCACCCGCCAAGGCCGCGUACGCGCCGCCCGCUGGGUGCCCCGCGCCCUGGUCCCUCGUCGUGCUCUGCUUCUCCGCCGCCAUCGCCGGGGACCAGUACGACCGCGUUGCCGCCGUCUGGCUCGACGGCGCCGAGAUCCUCCGCACCACCACCGCCGAGCCCGCCACCGACGGCGUCCGCUGGACCGUCCGCAAGGACGUGACCCGCUACUCCGCGCUGCUCCGGUCGCCGCCCGACGGCGUGCUCUCCGUCAUGCUCGAGAACGUCGUCAACGACCAGUACACCGGCGUGUAUAACGUCAGCGUCUCCCUCGAGUUCCACGGCACCCCGGCGUACCUCUCCGAAGCGCGACCCGCCUCCUCCUCUGCCGGCGCCGCCGAUCCCGAUUCGGCGACUCCGACGCUGCCAGAGUCGUACUUCCAGCCGGCUGACCUGAUUCUGCCGAUCUCGGAGACCACCGGCGAGAGCAGCGGUUUCUGGUUCCGGAUCCAGAACUCGUCUGACUCACGCUCCAAGCUCGUGAGCAUUCCGUCGAGCACCUACCGUGCGGUCCUGGAGGUCUUCGUGUCCCCGCAUUCCAACGACGAGUUCUGGUACUCCAACCCGCCGGACCUCUACAUCCGGGAGAACAACCUGACCACGCGGCGGGGCAACGCCGCGUACCGCGAGAUCGUCGUGAGUGUGGACCGCCACUUCGCCGGCUCGUUCGUCCCGUUCCCCGUCAUCUACACAGGCGGCAUCAACCCGCUGUUCUGGCAGCCCGUGGCCGCGCUGGGCGCGUUCGAUCUCCCGACCUACGACGUCGAGCUGACCCCGUUCCUGGGCCUCCUGGUCGACGGCAAGCCCCACGAGAUCAGCCUCAGCGUGGUGGACGGCAUCGCCGAGUGGCUUGUCGACGCCAACCUGCACCUGUGGCUGGACCCCACCUCGUCGAACGUGUCCGCCACGCUCGGCCGGUACAGGACGCCGCGACUGUCCAUCUCCCGCCUGUACUCGACGCGGCUGCUGGACGGCAGCUUCAAGAUCCGUGCCAAGAGGAAGUCCCGCUUCAGCGGGUGGGUGAAGUCGUCGUUCGGCAACUUCACGACGGAGGUGGAGACGGAGCUGGAGGCGACCAGCCUGGUGGAGUUCACCAACCAGGGCAAGAGCAAGACCGUGCGGCUGAAGGCGGAGCAGGAGACCGAGGUCGUCGUCAGGUCGGAGAGGAGGAAGGUGGUCGGCAAGGUGGAGACCGAGGCCAAGUAUCCGCUGUGGCUGGAGACGGUGACCGAGGACGGCGAGAACGGCACGUACGUGAUGAGGGCAAACCUGUCCCACGCGCUCAACCUGGAGACGGAGGCCGAGGCGGAGGGUCUGUUCGAGCGCGAGGCGCGGCUGGCCGACGAGCAGGCCGCCGUGGGUUGGAUGCUCGUCAGGGACCACGACGUGCUCAACGGGUCCGCGGCGACGACACAGGCGUACCGGUACAGCGACGGCGCGGGGCGGUACGAGCGCGCGAUCGACACGCGGGACGGCGCGGUGCUGAGCGACAACGUGACCGAGAGCUACCGUGUCUUGAAUGGCGCCUUGGACGCUCACGCUGCCGCGGACGGAGGUGCCGUGGAAUCCUGACGGCGAAGUGCUCGGACAUUGCUGCGAUGUAGAGGUUCUGGGAGCUGAGAGUUGAAUCGUGCAGAUUCCUUACAAAGGUGAAAGUUGGUCGCUUGCUUCCGAGGUGAAUCGAGAUUUUCCAGGAAUUUUGUAUUGUCUCCAGUGCAUUGCAUUCUCCCGCAUAUAGCAGUGCCUUUUUAGGUGCUACUUAUUGUAUGCAUCCCUAGCGCUUAUUGUUGUUGUAUAAUGGUGCUCAUAUUGUUUGUUUGUCUAAAUAAAACAUGGGGAUGAUUCUGAAGAAAUAAAUAAAAUCGGAGAUCACCG